GUCGUCACGAAUUUGACUCUCAUUUCAUUCCCAUUUGGUGUGCAUUUCAAUGUCUUCCUUCCAAUUUAAAUCCUCAAAUUUCUCCUACAUUUCAUUCCAAUUUUCAUUUCUAAACGUUCCUCCCUCCUCGUCUCGUCUCUGUCUGUGCGAACUCCCUUUUCCCUUUCCCUUAGCAUCGACGCGCAAUGGACGUGAAGUUACUGUCUUGCGCUUUGUUUUUGUUUUGACUGUUUUCGAUUUGGCUAUGGAGGCAGCAGCUUAGGACCUAGAUCUGUGGAUCGACUUUCAUUGUUCUGCACUUGAUUGAGAUUCCACGUAACAUUUCUUAUUGAAGCAUGUGUGGUGGUCUGGAGAGAUCAAAAUCAUCAUCUAGUACAUCUCCAUCUGCUGUUGAAACCUCACCCAACUCUGACUCCAAAGACAUGAAUAAUGUUACUGUUAAAAAUGAUGAAGCUUUUUCCUCCAUUCUUGAACUUGCUGCUGACAAUGAUGUUGAAGGCUUCAAACGGUCAAUAGAGCAGGAUCCUUCAUUGAUCAACGAGUUUGGACCCUGGUAUGGCCGCCAAAAGGGCUCGAAGCAAAUUGUUCUUGAUCAUAGAACUCCAUUAAUGGUUGCUGCCACCUAUGGUAGUCUUGAUGUUCUCCAGCUAAUAGUCUCUCUCUCUGAGGCUGAUAUAAAUCUGACUUGCGGCCGGGAAAAUACCACUGCACUUCAUUGUGCAGCUUCUGGUGGAUCCGUCAAUGCCAUUGAUGCUGUUAAGCUGCUUAUCACUGCCGGUGGUGAUACAAGUUGUGUGGAUGCAAAUGGUCAUCGUCCAAUUGAUGUUAUUUUGGUGCCUCCAAAACAACCAAGCAUGAGGGUUGCACUUGAAAAACUCCUCUCAGACACUUCUGACUGUGCUGUUGGAGGCUGCAGUUUACGUGUUUCCAUUAGCCCCUCUAAUUCUAGCUCUCCAACCCUUUCAUUGUCGAUGGAAAAUGGGUCUCCACCUUCUCCUUCAGAUUUGAUAUCUUCUCCGAUGGUCAUAAAAAUCAAUGAUUUGGCUAUUAGCUCUGCACCAGAGAAGAAAGAGUACCCUAUUGAUCUAUCAUUCCCUGAUAUAAAGAACAGCAUCUAUGCUACUGAUGAUUUCCGUAUGUAUUCUUUCAAGGUUCGACCUUGUUCCCGGGCAUAUUCCCAUGAUUGGACUGAGUGCCCUUUUGUUCACCCUGGAGAAAAUGCCCGCCGACGGGACCCUCGGAAGUACCACUACAGCUGUGUUCCUUGCCCUGAUUUCCGCAAAGGGGCUUGCAGGCGUGGUGACAUGUGUGAAUAUGCCCAUGGAGUGUUUGAGUGUUGGCUGCACCCUGCACAAUAUCGGACUCGACUCUGCAAGGAUGGUACCAGUUGUAACAGAAGGGUGUGCUUUUUUGCGCAUACAGCUGAGGAGCUUCGUCCCCUGUAUGUAUCAACCGAAUCAGCUGUACUGUCGCCACGAGCAUCGGCCUCUGCUGCUAAUGUCAUGGACAUGGCUACCGCAUUGAACCAUUUUCCUGGUUCCCCGUCAUCUGUCUCUGCCAUGUCGCCUUCUCCAUUUGCUCAACCCAUGUCUCCAUCUGCAAAUGGCAUUUCUCACCCAUCUGGAGCUUGGCCCCCAUCAAAUGUACCAGCGCUCUAUCUUCCUGGAAGCAACUUGCAAUCCAGUCGCCUGAGAUCUUCCCUUAGUGCCCGAGAUAUUCUCCCACCUGAUUUCAAUAUGUUACCCAAUUAUGAGGCUCAGCAACAUAUGUCAAAUGACUUGAACUGUUUCUCACAGAUCCGCAACAAUUCUACUCCUGUGAGUUGUUCUGGUCGGUCCAAAACGCUAAUUCCUUCAAACCUUGAUGAGUUGUUCUCCAGUGAAGUUUCUUUAUCUCCCAGAUAUGCUGAUCAGGCUGCUGGUGUUUUUUCCCCAACGCAUAAGCCGCCUGUUCUCAGUCAGUUUCAGCAGCAACAGAGCAUGUUAUCACCAAUCAAUACUAGUGUAUUCUCCCCAAAAAAUGUUGAGCUCCCUCUGUUGCAGGCUUCAUUUGGUGUUGGAUCUCCUGGUAGGAUGUCUCCUAGGAGUGUGGAGUCUAUUUCACCUAUCGGAUCUAGGCUUUCUGCAUUUUCCCAUCGUGAGAAGCAGCAGCAACAGCUUCGCAGCCUAAGCUCAAGGGAUUUUGGAUCAAACUACCCAGCCUCUGUUGUUGGAUCUCCUGUAAAUUCUUGGUCCAAAUGGGGCUCCCCAAAUGGAAAAAUUGACUGGUCGGUCAAUAAAGAGGAGCAGGGUCUAUUAAAAAGGCCAUCUUCUUUUGAGAUUGGAAAUGACGGUGAGGAACCUGAUCUGUCAUGGGUCCAAUCUCUAGUCAAGGAAUCACCGCCUGAGAUGAUGAGAGACAAGUUGGCGGUUCUUGGCAGUGCUGCACCACCACCAUCUUCUGGUGAAGGUCUGAACCCUAGCUCUCAAGUCGAUUCCGUUGAUAAUUGUGAGUCUUGGCUUGAGCAGAUGCAGAUUGAGCAGCAGCAGCUCGUAGUCUUGUGAAAAUGGAUUCUUUGUUUCCUCUCAUUGAGAUAGGUGAAAAAUUCCUGAGGUACAUAUUCUUUUUCGCUUACGUAGAAGUGAAUUCAAGAAGGUGACAAUUAGUGUAAGUUUCAAAGAGGGUCAUCAGAAGGGUAAAGAACGAGUUGAAAGUUUCAGGAAACUAUUCAAAUAUUUUUUUUACCAUUUGUUGUUACAGCAGAAUUCAUCAAAAGAUGAAGAAGCCUUCCUGGGCUAUAUCAAAGCUACUCAGUCCAAGUUUGUUUUUAGGAUCAUUUUUUAUUGUGAUUUCCUCGGCGAAUUGCUUGUUUCAUAACCAAUGAUUCCAAAGAGCUCUGUAAGUCUCAUUCUCUUUAACCUUACUUGCUAGAUGUAUCAAUAGUGAUUCAACAAAGAAAGGUGCGGGGAGAGUUUAUUGUAAUUCGAAUGAUUAAUUCCAUUUAAAGGUGCUUUAAAGAUAUUAUUUCAAUACCUUUAUUA